CUCUCUCUCUCGCUCUCUCUCUCACCGGGCAUAUGGCAUCCUUUGGCUGGAAGAGGAAAGCGGGCGAGAAGGUAUCGAGGUCGGCAGCUCAGCAUUUCGAGGGGGCGGACGACGGCACCGCGGCGGCGGCGGCGUCACGGCGCGACGGGGAAGUGGACUGGCAGCAAGCCGUCAAACGCCGCCGGGAUAUCUUGCUGGAGGAGUGCGCAGCCAAGAGCAAGACGCUAAAGGACGAAGGCGUCCUGCUGGCCGAGCAAAACAGGCACAGGGAAGCCGUUAAGAAGUGGGACGAGGCCAUUCAGCUGACUCCCGACGACCCGCUGUUGUACGAGAUGAAGGCCCAGGUGCUGACGACGCUGCGGGAGGCCUUCCCCGCCGUCAAGGCGGCAGAGACGGCGGUGAAGCUGCGCCGCGUGUGGUGGGAGGCCUGGCAGACGCUGGGCCGCGCCCAGCUCACCAUGGGGGAGGUCGACCUGGCGCUGCGGUCCUUCCAGGUGGCCGUCCACCUGCGCCCGUGGGAGCCCGCCCUGUGGCAGGACGACCUGGCGUGGGCGCGGACGCUGCGCCGGCAGAAGGCGGCCGCCGGGGAGACGCUCGGCCGGCGAGCCGAGACCGACCGGCGGCUCGCCGAUCCCCCGGAGCUCGGCGGGGACUUUGACUUUGAGUCGGACGAGGUGGUGGCGGCGUGCGAGGCCGUCGCCCGGCGCCAGGCGGGCCGUCCGCUCAGCCCGGGCGCCCUAGUGGUGGAUGCGGCGGGGAAGGUGCUGGAAUCAGGGGCGGGCGCGGCGGGGGGCGCGGCGGAGCCCUUGCGGGAAGACUUUGUCAAAAUGAGAAGACUCUGAAAAGGAAAUACGCCAGUCAUUGCGCGCAAACGGAUGGGAUGAUUGUCAUGGAAGGG